AUGUUUCUCCCUCCCUCCAAAAUUAUCCACCUAGCUUUCAAAACAAUUGUCAGUAAAAGACCAUAAACCAAAUACAAAUGGAUAAGCAGGGCCGGCUUUAGGAAGUGCGGGGCCCAAUUCGAACAGUUUUGACAGGGCCCCGGCAGCCAGGAUUUUUUUGUUGAGUGAAAAACAAAACAAAACACAAAAAAAACCACCGCACAUAAAAAAAGAGUCACAGCCUCUUUAAAUUCCCAGCUACAGAGCAGAGUCAUGUCUCGCCUUCCCACCAAACCCCAGGGCCAACCCCCCCUCCCGCAGCGCAGGGAAACCCCUGCGCUCAACUCACCCCUCCGGCAGCGCAGGGAAGCCGCCACCCUCCUCCUCCGGGGCUGGCACCCCCUCCUGCAGCGUGCCUGGCACGCCAGCAGACUUCCAGCUUUAGGGCAUGUGGCCCUCUUAGGCGCAGGGUCCGAUUCAGGGGAAUCAGUCGAAUCAGCCUAAAGCCGGCCCUAUGGAUUAAUUUUCCUGUGUCCAAAACAUUGUUGUCUUAUACUUCUUACUCAGAAAUGGAUCAUCUGAGAUUUUGGUGUACAGUGUCCUGAAGGGCAUGGAGGAGAAGUGAAGGGAAUUAAGAGAGGCACAGAGAGGAACCGGGUGAGGAGUGCUAGCUGCUGGAAUGCACAGAAAUGGAAUGAUCAGUUAAAAUGUGCUUGAACAGGUUUUUUAAUUUGAUAUAUGUAUCCAACUUAAAAACAAUUCUUCAUCUGGUAGCUGCAUGUUAAUACUACCUUCUAAUAUGUGCUUUGAGAGGAGUCCCCGAGCCAUGCGUCCAUCCCUCUGAAGAAACGCCCACAGAUGACCGCUAGCGCCCCUGGAGGGGACUAUUGGGGAUGUGUAGCUCGCAGAGCCUCACUUGGUUUAUGACCACAAGGGAGGAUCGACUCAACCGCUACCCAGUGAGCCACUGCAACUUGUGCAGUUCACCAGCAUGGGGACAAGGGAUUCGGAAGAACGGGGCAAAGAGGGAAUACAAGUGAAAAUCCUGAAGACUCACCAGGAUGUGACACCCAAUGAUGAGCAGUAGCUAUUGCAGCAACGCUUCAGCCAGCAUGAGUGUCAACGAAGUGUCUGCCUUCUCACUGACUUUAGAGCAAAAAACUGGCUUUGCCUUUGUAGGGAUUCUGUGUGUUUUCUUGGGAUUACUUAUUAUUAGAUGCUUCAAAAUCUUACUGGACCCGUAUAGUAGCAUGCCUUCUUCCACUUGGGAAGAUGAAGUCGAGGGGCUGGAUAAAGGAACGUUUGAAUACGCUCUUGCAUGAAAACUCAAAAGAGUAUCCUGCCUUACCUUUGAUGUUGAUUUCAUUUUGGAAACCUAGUACUGAUAAAUUUGUACUAUAUACCUAAGUUUUGAAGUUAUGAUGAUGACAUCCAUUUUGUUAAAUAAAUAUUUGUU